GUAGUGCAACUAAGGGUUAACUGGGGCCAGCUGAAAUAUUUCAGAAUCGGCACGAACUGGCUAUCAGGUGAAGAGCGAUCUCGGCUCGAGGCCGUGCAGCGCGACUGGCGCUUAAGCCGUCCAUACAAUGCAAAUGCCACGAAUCGAGUGGGUGUACCUUCAAAGGCAUUACUGAUUUUUUUAAAUGCAGCGAAACCAGUUGCGUCACCAAACGCUGGAGAUGUUGCGCCUUCGGCCAAUGAACAAGUAUCUUCUGAAGUCAAGGUAGCGGCAGUGCCGACAAUAGCAGAUGAAAAGGAGAAGGAGAGAAGGGAUGAAGAGGUGCGUGCAAAGGAGCAGCUAGAGGUUGAUGAUGACUUUGACGCACAAGAAAAGCCUAUUGAUAAAAGCCCCAAUGGGCGUUUUCUUAAAUUCGAUGAGGAACUUGGUCGUGGCUCAUUCAAAACAGUGUAUCGCGGGCUUGACACGGAGACUGGCGUUGCAGUGGCAUGGUGCGAAUUGCAAGAGAGCAAACUUAAUAGGACAGCUCUAAUCUAUAUAUGUAUUUUCAGGCAGAACGGCAACGUUUUCGGAAGAGAAAGUGCGUACCUUGUGAGUUUUAGGUACAUUGUAUUAGUUACGGAAUUGAUGACUUCCGGAACAUUGAAAAUGUAUUUGAAACGUUUUAAAAGGAUUAAUAUCAAGGUGUUGAAAUCAUGGUGCCGGCAAAUCCUAAAGGGCCUUUCGUUUUUGCAUUCUCGAAAUCCACCAGUCAUUCAUAGAGAUCUGAAAUGUGACAACAUCUUUAUCACUGGAACCACGGGCAGCGUCAAAAUAGGCGAUUUGGGACUAGCUACGCUCAAAAACAAGUCUUAUGCAAAAAGUGUCAUAGGAACGCCUGAAUUCAUGGCGCCCGAAAUGUACGAGGAGAUGUAUGAUGAAUCAGUAGACGUGUAUGCUUUCGGUAUGUGCCUAUUAGAAAUGGUCACUGGAGAGUAUCCAUACACAGAGUGUCAGUUUCCGGCUCAAAUAUACCGAAAAGUCACUACGGGUGUGAAGCCAGAGUGUUUCAAUAGGAUUCCUCAGCAGUAUCCAGAGAUCCGUGAAAUAAUUGACCGAUGUAUCAGUGUUAUCGAUGGUCUCUUAAAUAUACGACGGGAAGAAAGAAGUACUGUGAAGCAGUUGCUUGCUGAUGACUUCUUUACGCCGGAAGAACUAAUUGGAAUCAGAGUUGAGAUUAAGAAUCGGGACUUAGAUCUUGCUGAAUUGAACGUAGAGAUUCAGAUGCAGUUGCGAGUCUACGAUGAAAAGAAGCGGAAACAAUAUCGGUUUAAAGAAAAUGAAGGGUUGCAGUUUGCGUUUGAUAUUGAAAACGACACGGCUGAAGAGGUUGUGCAACAGAUGAUUGAACAGCAGCAUAUUCCUGACGAGGAUACCAAGAUGAUUACAAAGUUGAUCAAAGACAAGGUGGAAAGCUUCAAGAGGGACAGGGAGUUUAAAAUCGCUGAGUUGAAGAGGCAGCGUGAAGAAGAAGAACGUCAGCGAGAAGAGCAGGCAAUCAAAGAAGAGAUGAAAGCUCGGGCAAAAGAGAAAGAACGUCUCGAAGCAGAACAUGUAUGUUCCCGCAUAAUGUUCGAUUUUCUAACAACGCUUCUACAGAGAGAAUCAGCUUCGGGAGCAGCUGCAGUCGCGGCUGAACCGUCCCAGCCCCCAAACGCUCAACAACCUGUGGUGUCGCCGCCUAUGACUUCGUCUACAUUGCCUUCUGUGCAUCAAACUACUUCAGCUGUAGCAUCUGCAAUAUCUGCGGACAAAACUGCUCCCCAGUAUGCAACAUCUGUGCCAUCUCCGGACGAAUUUCCUGAUGCGCAGACCAUUUCGGCUCAUGAAGAGAAAAAGAAAGCAAAGAGAAAGAUCGUUCUAGAGGUCUUGAAGGUGGAUGAUUUGGUUUCUUGCAAACUUGACACUGCACAUAAAACCGUGACUUUCCAAUUCGCCCCGGAUUCCGAUAAGCCUUCUGUGAUUGCUGAGAAACUGGUGAGUUAUUUUUCAAACAAUAAGGCUCAGGUUACCCCAUCAACGGUCAAUGCUGUGUCACCUGGUUCGCAUCCUACUGCGGCAGUCGAAACCACCACACUCCCUCCUGUGCCUCAAGCUCAAGCACAACAGCUCAGUCCACCUGCUCCUGCGAUGUUGUCGAACGGAUCGUCACCAAGUACCACGGCUCACUCGAAUACAUCUUCUGUGACAAGUACCACAAGCACUGGAAGCAGAUUUAAGGUGCAUUUCACAGGUCUGCCAUUAACUUCAAUGUUUUUACUGGAUUCUCUCAGGUGCAAAGCGUACCGGUACAAGCAACACUUGCCCCGACAUCCUCCGUUGAGUCAGGUUUCUCUUCUUCAACAUCCACAAGAUGAGUCGCCGUCUCCGGAACGAAGGAUAGGAGGGCUGGUUAUGGAAUCAAAUGGUACAACAACCCAAUUGUUGCCCUCAAGCACAGCACCAGAUCUGACGCAGCGCCUACGUGCCAUGGACAGUCUGGCUGCGUUCAAGAAUCUGGAGAGCGCACUGUCGUGCACUCUCGGGACAUCGAGCAUGCGGCCAAGCGUCUGCCGAGACGACGCUUCGACGCAUCGCGACGAUGCAUCGAGCUUGUGCGGUAGUGGUGCUAUGUUUCAUGUCGGUACACCACCCAUCUUCAGUCCAUUGCCGACUUCAGAUUCAGAUUUCGACUGCCAGGUCCUUAUUUACCUUAUAAAUAUCUUAUUUCAACUUCAUCUUCGUGAGCAGCAGCGACUCGAACUGGAAGAGCUCCGUGCUCGACAACGUCAAUUGCGUAUGAUCAGGGCUGCGACCGCAGCACCAGAGGGACCGUGUGGCGAUCCAAUGUCACAAAGCCUCCAGAGCACUCAUCAUCAUCAUUAUCGUCCCCAGGCUUCUGCGUUGUCGUUGCCAGCCAGUCCACCACCAAUCAUGUCCAACACGCAGCUGCUGGCAAUUCAUGGCUCGUCGUCGUCUUCGACUCCGGCUUCCGGCUCUUCAACAACAACUGGUGACGGUCCGUCGCAAACAAAUAUCACCUUCGACGGUCCAAACCGUCAAAGGGACAACUAUUCGGCGCCGCCUCCGCACAGCUAA